AUAAGAUCGACCCAAUUUAAUAAUGGAAGACAAGAAGGAAGUGUCCUUUGAUGAUCUGACUCCACUCAAGUAUGCUAAUGUAGGAGAUAGAAGGGAGUAUUACCACCGAGAAGUUUUGAAGCAGAGUUGUGAGAACAUCACCGAUGACCCUAACGCCAAGGUUUCACCAGAGACAGGGUUCAUUACUGUAUCUUACCACCCAAGAGAUCAUGAUAUCUGCUCCCAGUAUGAGAAGCAGAGUACUAUUUAUGAGCUUCCCCUCAGUCCGAGUAUUAUCACGCUGACUAAGUGUCAAGAGACCGGUAGGGACAUCGUCAAGAAGUCAAUGCUGAAGGACAAGUUGAUGAGUGAUGAUAUGGUCAAGGCUGCUGAAAAUGAAUGCUGAGUCCAUUCCUACAUGUCCCAUGAGAAUGUUAUCAAGCUUCACAAUUACUCUGAAGAUGAGACAGAGUUUGCCUUACAUAUGGAAUAUGCCAACAAAAGCAGAUAUCUACAAGAGCUGAUUUAUGACCAUCACACUCCAAUUGAGGAAGAGCAGGAACUCCAAAUAUACGCAUUGGACUUAAUCCAGGGUUUGAACCAUAUCCACAAUCAAGGGAUCAUUCAUUGAGACUUAAAGUUGGAUAACAUGCUUGCACACCAAGAAGAAGAUGAUGAGAUCCCUAUUAUCAAGAUAUGCGACUUUGGACUUUCCCAUGUAAUUGACCCACAACUGGGCAAUAAAGCUAUCAAGAAGAAUACCAUUGGAACUUGGGGAUAUAUCGCUCCUGAGUGCGCUAAUAAUACUCAUAUCGGCAGAGAGAUCGAUAUUUGGAGUCUAGGCCUCACCCUCUACGAAAUGGCAGUCGCUUACAAGCCAACUCAGGUGAAAGGAUAUGAAUAUGGCCAAGGAGAACUCCCUUUUAGGAAGAGAGACUGGAGAAAUAGGAGCACAGAGCUUCAAGAUUUAAUCAAAGCUUGUCUUGAGGUUGACCCAGAGAAGAGAAUAACCGUGACAGAUGCUUUACAGCAUCCAUAUUUCACAACGGAGGUGUAAUUUUGCCUCAAAAAUAUGGUCUGAGCUCUACUUUGUUUAGAAAAAAUUACGUC